AUGCUCGAUACACAAAUUCUUAAAUUGGCUCCCCAAGAUAGAGUAGGGAUCCAUGUUAGAAAUUUGACAGUUAGAGUGGGGUCUCCCAACUCUAAGGACAUUGAAAAAUCAACUAGUCCCAAACAAGCUAUUCUAGAUGACGUUUCUUUCGAUCUAGAAAGCGGCCAAAUUAUGGCGAUUAUGGGUGGUUCCGGGAGCGGAAAGACCACCUUACUUAAUACCUUAUCACAACGAGUCAACGUUACCAACAAGGCCCUCCAUUUUGAGGGAACUAUCGACUAUACACGCAUACAGAAAGAUGGGCAAACGGAAGAAGUCGAUUGGCUGAGAAAAAUCAAGAGUGCAUAUCUUCUUCAAACAGACAUAUUCUUACCGGGAUUAACGGUGUUCGAGACGCUUCAAACACAGGCUGAUUUGAGGUUACCACCUUACUCGACGAGUGCCGAAAAGCUCGCGCUCGUGGAGUCCCUCUUGGAAGUCUUGGAGCUUACUCCCAUUAGAAACGAAGUCAUCUCCUCAUUUUCGACCCAUACAAGCACCCUUUCUGGCGGUGAACAAAGAAGAGUCUCGAUGGCUAUUCAAUUGUUGUCCAAGCCUUCGGUAUUGUUCUUGGAUGAGCCCACCACGGGACUUGAUACCUCUUCCUCCUUGAAGUUGUUAAAGGUGUUGAAAAAGUUGGCUUCUCCUGAGUACGGCAUAACCGUGGUGCUUUCCAUCCACCAACCAAGGCCCGAGAUCACCAUGCUUUUUGAUAAGUUCUGUCUCUUGACUCGUGGUGGAAGACUUGUCUACUACGGGAACUUGGUGGACACAGGAAAAUAUUUCAAUAGCUUGAAGUUUCUCACUUUCUGCUCAGAUAUCAAAUCUCCAUCUUCCUUUAUCGAGUACAUUCUAGAGUUAUCUAUCAAAGACACGUCAUCAGCUGAACAAGAGAAGUCUUCCAAUGAUAGAAUUAAUCGGUUGGUUGAACAAUGGAAAAUCCAAACCAACCACCAGCCCACAGCAUUAACUACCAAAGAAACAAAGAAAAGGUUCCAGAAGACAUUAGCGUUAUUUGACCGUCCAAAGGAGGACCGUAUUUCAUUUUUCACGGAGGUCAAGGUACUUACAAAGAGAACAUUUAAGCUUACUUACAGAGACACAUACUCGCUUUUGGUGCUUAACCUUGGUGCUGCCAUGUUGGCAGUAAUCCUUGGAUGGAUGUUCUAUAAGCCUAAGCACGAUUUGGCAGGAGUCAGAUCACUCAACUCCACAUUAUACGUAAUGUUGGAAGUGGUAGGGUUCAGUCCCUUGUUUUAUGAAAUGGAACGUUUAUGGGCAACUGACGGAAUAUUCUUCUAUCGGGAGUAUGGCGAGAAAUACGUCAGUGUCCCCGGGUUUAUCAUUUCUAGACGGCUUGCAAAGCUCUUUUUGGAAGACUUGCCUGUUCCAGUAUUAUUUUCAUGCAUUACUUUCUUCAUGUGGGGUCACAGGACUGAAAAUAGUGAAGGAGAAAGAGACCUUAGCUAUUUUGGAAUCUAUGUGACCAUCACCAUUCUCACCAAUUUUAUUGGGAUGGCGUCCGCAUUAUUGAUGUUUGCCGUUUCGAAAGACUUUUCGAUAUCGACGUUUGCGAUGAACGUCUUUUAUCAGUUCGAGAACUUAUCCAGUGGCUACUUUGUUAAUGCUUCAUCCAUGCCUGUUUAUGUCCGUUGGACAAAGUAUCUCAGUUUCUUCUGGUACGGGUUCGGAGCUUUGACUGCGAAUCAGUUUACUGGGUGGAUGGGUGACUGUCCCUAUGAUUAUGAUGAUGCAAGAUGCAUUGAGUAUUCUGGUGCCUUUAAUUUGAAGACGUUGGGAUUCCCUGAUGGAUGGGUGGGUGAGCCAAUUGGCAUAAUGGUUUGUUGGUGGAUAGGAUUUUUGGUCUUAGCAGGCUUAGCCUUGCGUUUCAUGAAGUUUGAAGUCUCGAUAGGUAAAAUCAAGAAGAAUAGAGUUGGUGGAGAAGGAACUCCCGAAGAAGCUGAAUCUGGCGAAAAACUCGAAGAUUCAGACGCUUCUGAUCUCGAAUUGUCUUCCACCAAUACUAAUAUCGACAUAAACAUAUCUUCGCUCACAUUGACUGUUUUGCUAGGAGGAAUCGGAUCCAAGAGCACACAAAAGACUCUUUUGAAUGACGUGAGUGCCACUUUUUUGGCAAACGGAGUAAAUGCUAUCAUGGGACCUUCUGGAAGUGGAAAAACUACCUUGCUUAAUUUCUUGUCUAAUAGACUUCCAGGAUCUUCUACAUUCAACAACAGUGGGGCAAUUCUCCUCAACAAGACCCAGCAAAUAGACACCAAAGACCUUGCAAAAAUAUCCGGUUAUGUUACGCAGCACGAUACAUCGUUGAUUGCAAAUUUGACGGUUAGAGAAACGUUGUACUUCCAAGCAAAAUUGCGUUUACCCCGCGAAGAGCAUGCCAAUAUCCCUAAGAUGGUGGCUGCUUUGAUUAGACAAAUGAGUUUGGUUGAUUGUGCUGACACGCUUAUCGGAUGUGAGUUUAUCAAGGGAAUUAGUGGAGGUGAGAAAAGAAGAGUUUCCAUUGCUAUUCAAUUACUCAGUAAGCCCAAGAUUCUCUUUCUCGACGAGCCAACCUCCGGUCUUGAUUCCAUCAAUUCGGUGAAGAUUUUGAGUCUUUUAUCUAAUUUGGCUAGAACCAACAAGACUACAAUUAUCUUAACUAUCCACCAGCCUCACCAAGAGCUGUUUUACAGCUUUGGGUCAUUGCUUCAAUUGGCCAGGGGCGGUAAUGUGGUGUACAACGGCGACACCAAAAGAGUUCCUGGGUACUUGAAGGAAAUUGGAUAUGAGGUUCCAAAUAAUAUCAAUAUCGCUGACUACUUUUUGGAUUUGAUUUCCAAUAGACUCGACGAGGAAAAUGCUGUCACUCAAGCCAGAGUCGGCCAUCUUGUUGGCGAAUGGAAAACUCGAAGAGAAAACUCGGUUGAAAUGAGUACUGGAAAUGGAUCAGUCAUUGAUAUCCAGGAAUAUGCGUUCCAAAGAAUGCCUCUCAGUAUAACUCUUCCCACCAUCAUCAGACGCCAGAUGUUGAACCUUGUAAGAUCCAAGGAUGUGAUUUUUUCUAGAGCAGGCCAGACUCUUUUCCUCAGUGUUGCUAACACUUUGUUCUUCACUCCCUUGACCAACAAGAAGGAAGGAAUAGACAACCGCUUGGGUUUGAUCCAAGAAACCCUAUUGCUUUAUUUUGUGGGUUUGGUGAACAAUAUUACUCUUUAUCCAAUCGAAAGGGACAUUUUCUACCAAGAAUACAAAGAUGGAAUUUACGGAGUGUUUGAGUUUAGUGGUUCAUACUUGUUCAACGAGUUGCCCACCGAAAUUGUUCCUAGUUUGAUUUACAGUGCAUUGAAUGUUUUCGCCAUAGGGUUGCCCCGGACCCCAGGUAUGUUUUUCGGAAUGUUUUCCACGGCAUUUGUCUGUAUUUCCUGUGGUGAGUCAAUGGGAAUCAUGGUGAACAGUUGUUUCAACCAUGUGGGAAUUGCUGCCAACAUUUUGACCAAUGCCAUCAUUGUUGCCAUUUUCAUGGCCGGAACCAUGUCCAUUCAUAUGCCAGCUUUAUUCAAGGGCAUCAAUUAUAUCAGUCCUUUGAAAUAUGGAGUUGGAAUUUGUGCAAAGCUCGGUUUUGCUGGCCAAAAUUUCUCCUGUGGGUUAGACGAGUGUGCCUUGGGCUCGGGAGAGGAAGUGUUGUCGAACUAUGGCUUGGAUGUGAACCUUGGAGGUUCCUUCGCAGGAUUAUUUGCCUGCUUGAUUCUCUACAGAGUGGUGGCAGUUCUUAGUGUGUGGGUCAGAGUCUCGAUGGUCGACAAAAUUGCUAGGCUCUUGAAACGUUAG